AUGACCAUUCUUCACGCUGGAAGCCUCCUUCUACUAGUUCUGCAGUUGGGGUGCGUUCUUCGGUGCGGACGAGCAGCUUCUUUCGAAUCAAGAACAAGAGAGUGUGGCAGUAUCCGGUGUUUGCCUAAAAUCUUCCAACAAUCUCAGCCGUCUGCGACCACCGCGGGAAGCAAAACUCUCUCUUCCCCGGAAAGAUCCUUAGGGAUGAAUGCUACAAGGAAAGGGUGGCACAAGGACCGGGAGCUCCAACCAUUGACGACAAAACAGAGGCAUAACCCUAGUUUCAAGCUCAACACAUCGCUGGAGGAGGUGGCGGGUGAUGGUCCUGGUGGGGGGGAUCAGGAGUUUGUUCCCAUUGUUGAUGAUAAGUAUGCAAAUGCGGCACGUCUCGUCAACGAGUACGUGUCUCGUGACCAACCGUUUGAAGAUACUCACCGGUCAUGUCCGCAGACAAAUUGGAUGCGAGUGCAAGGAACAAGCGGAAGGUGCUUUAAGUCGUUCGAUUUUAUGGAGUUUCGCCAUCGGCCGCCGGACAUCGAUGACGGCAGCACAGUGAAGCAAGUGGGGACAUGGGAAGAAGCUGAACGAAUAUGUAUGAGUUUUGGUGCACAUCUGGCGGCUCUGUAUACAACUGCUGAGAUGAAAUUUGCGCAUAUGGUGCUUGACCGAAGGCCUGACGCGUGCUGGAUUGGUCUGAGGAGGCUUGAGCAACACCGUACACGAAGACACAGUGAUCCUAGUAACGGCUGGAAAUGGGUAAGUGGUGCACCCCCACAUAACUCUACAGCUAGGUACCGACGAAGCGAGCAUCCUAUAUUCCCUUCACCGUAUGUUACGGGUAAAGUAUCUGUGGUAUGGGGAGGCAUUUAUACAACCCUUAACUGUCCUGAGAAACACAUUCUGAACAAUUGCUUCCUUGUCAUUCCUCCGGUUGUCAUAUGUUUCUCCUCUGCGCAGAUAACAAGCGAAUUCGGCAUCCUUGAUGACACCGACCCCAUUGAGUGGCAUCGAGACUGGGCGCUAGUUUGGGAUUCGAUAUCAUACGGAAAGCCCCUUUGUGGGGUGUUCACCAGGAAAGGAGUAGCAGCACGGAGAUGCUACUCCUUUCCAGGUCCUACAAGCGCUCUUGUGGAUAACAGAGGGAAGAAGGGACACAGAGCCUCCUCAGAAAAACUGCCCGCUCCUGAAUUGUCGUGCUUUCUCUGUGCGACUUCUGUGGGGAUGAAGCUGCCUCAAAAUUCGUUCGCGUAUGCCGCCGAGAAAGGUUUAUUCGAGUGGGAAGAUACCCCGGAUGGGGGGUUCGUAGUUGCGGCUAAUUCAAGUGAUACGGCCCGAGAGGACAGAUAUAAUGAUUCAGGUGAAGCUAGAGCGAAAGACGAGAGGAGACAUACCAAAGAAGGGAAGAAGUCUACCUGGGGACUCAGCAAGCAGCAUGAACGGAACAGUGUGAAGGGUUUGAAAUCGCAGGCGGAGACAGCUUCGAGCAACGCGAGUCGACAGACUGAAGAAAAUGACACCAAUCACGCGCUUGGCCAAAAGGAACCACUCGUCGACAGGCCGGACUCUCAAGCAAAACAUCAGGGACGGCCAGAGAACAUGAGCCAAAGAAUGCGGGGUUUUCAGGAGACGGGCGCCACUGGAUAUUCGACAACCGCAGGCAUUGGGGCAGAAUACGGUGACGCUGAGAAAGCCCAGUCAGACUUGGAGACGGGAAAUACAGCGAAGAUAUUGGCGCUGCCCAUAGACACAGAAAAUAACGACAUAGCGGACGGUGCUUUGCCAUCGGAUCCAGAUUUGAGAGCCGGUGGCAGGGCGCCUGACGAGACGGAAAGCGAUAUUGCUCAGUCCGUUGCGACGUCUCCAUCGAGCAUAAGGGACAAUGAAAGUUAUGGAGCUUUUCUACGGGAGUUCAUGCGGCUUCACACCCAAGCCAAAGAAACAAUUGAUCGGAGAAGGGAGAGCGUGGCUGCUACGGAAACACCUCCCGACGACGACGGAGCCACCGAGGACCCGGCGGUUGUUCCAAACUCUUCCACUUCUGUUACAGAAACUGAACGCGUCGGUGGAGACGGAGAUCCAGAAGGCGGCUUGACUAGUGCACAAAAAGCACCUGCCGAUGUCGAAACAGAAGCCAAAGAUUCAGAAAUGCCUGUUACCAUAAUAACGGCUGAACGUACCCAAGCAACGCCUUCAUCGCGGGAGUCACCCCUGGGGUUGCAUACUGACCGAGAAGUGGCGGUGCUGUCCCAGACCGAGUCUGCUACAGAGAACGUGGCUCUAAUGCCGACAACGCCGACAUCGACUCCAAACCCCAAAGGGCACACGAAAGCAGUGGCAGCCAAGUCAAACGUCAAAAUACUGCAUUGUGUUUCUUGGUGCACUGGCACUGCGAUUUUUAUAGUCGGAGCGGCGCUUAUUCUCAUUUAUCUUCGCUGCUGGGUUGUCCCCAAAGAAUCAGCAGCAAGUGAAGAAGGCUCUGCAACUACCGCCCCGACCGCGCUAUCUUCACAUUCUCCCGUGGCGUUGAGCGCGUGCCCAGACGAGUCCCCAGUGACCGGCCCAUUGCCAUCUCGGACUGGGAGCUGCCGUUUACCAAGCGGAGGUUCGAGUGUCCCCACUGCAAAGAACUUAACCUGUCAACGUCCCCCGUACGCCGACGUAUGCUCUCCAGCAUCAGAUGCGAGUGCGCCCUGCUCGCAGACACGAGUGGUGUCGCCGGCAUCGUUAUCGAGGAUGGCCUCCUGCGAAGACAGUGUCGGAGAAGCGGAGGCGUACGAAACUGAAACUGACAUGACAGCGUCGGACUCUUCGCAGUCGAUGGUGUCUGAGCGAGUAGGCUCGGACACGUUUGUUUUAGCGAUCGUUCGAGGCAUCCGUGUGGCUGCAGGCGUCUCCCAAGUGAGCAGCUCGAGAAACGCGUCUGUCAGGGGUCCGACAUCAGCGGUGUCGUCGGAGUGGCCACGUCUCUCUUCAGACACUUCUCACACGUCGCACCGCCCCAGUCCCGCGGAGAGGCUCGAGCGACUGCGAGCUCGUAUUGACGCGCUGUAA